UGUUUUUUAAAAGAAUGCGAUUACUUCACUGUUCCUUUUGCCAGAUACGACAAAAGCAUACGAUACCAAAACAGACUGGAGCUGAAUACUGUGUAGAAUCUGUUCGAAAAUCUGAUCAUGAACAUUAUCUAACAAAUUUAAUGCUUCCAACACAACUUCGCACACACGCUUUUGCAAUCAGAGCAUUUAACUGUGAAGUUUCUGGUGUAAGGGAUAGUGUUAGUGAAAAGCAGAUUGGACUCAUGCGCCUACAAUUCUGGCGGGACACUAUUGAUAGAAUAUAUGAAAACAAUCCUCCUCAGCACCCUGUAGCAGGACAACUACACAGAGCAGUUCUAGAACAUUCUCUCAGUAAAUCUCUUCUAUUGCGUCUCGUAGACUCCAGGGAGCAGUUUAUUUCCGAUCGUCCGUUCGAGUCCUUAGAGGAGGUGGAGAAGUAUGCGGACAAGGCCUUUGGUUCCGUCUAUCUUCUUUUUCUAGAGAUUAUUAAUAAUUCAGACGGACAUUUAAAGCAUGCCGCCACCGCACUAGGACGUGUAGAAGGAUUAUUAACCCUACUCCGAGCAGUUCCGUAUAAUGUGAGCAAAAGAAGAGUUUAUCUUCCAACAGAUCUUCUUAUGGAAAGAGAUUUAUCAGCAGAAGAGAUAAUUAGAAGUCCUGUUGAGAAUGAACCUUUAAGAGAAGUUGUUGAAAUCAUUGCCAGUAGGGCUCAGGAACAUCUUAACAGUUGCAGGUAUAGAUCUCGGAUGAUUAAUAGAGAAAAUAAACGUAUUCUACUUCCCGCAGUUGCAGCCGAUGCAUAUCUUCAUAAACUUAGUAAAUGUGACUGUAACGUAUUUGACUCAAAACUCAAUCAGAGAAACUCUUUUCUACCGCUUUCUCUUUACUAUCACAAAAUCAGAGGAUUCUACUAGAUCUAGGACAAGAUCAGAGGAUUCUACUAGAUUUAGUACAAGAUCAGGGGAUUCUACUGGAUCCAGGACAAGAUCAGAGGAUUCUACUAGAUCCAGGACAAGAUCAGGGGAUUCUACUAGAUCCAGGACAAGAUCAGAGGAUUCUUCUAGAUCUAGGACAAGUUCAGAUGAUUCUACUUUCUCUAGGACAAAAUCAGUGGAUUCUAUUAGAUCUAUGGCAAGAUCAAAGGAUUCUACUAGAUCUAUGAAAAAAUCAGAGAAUUCUACUAGAUCUAGGACAAGAUCAGAGGAUUCUACUAGAUCUAGGACAAGAUCAGAGGAUUCUACUAGAUCUAGGACAAGAUCAGAGGAUUCUGUCAGAUCUAGGACAAGAUCAGAGGAUUCUUCUAGAUCUUAUUAUCCUAUUUUUUAAAAUAUUUUUCUUGUGUUAAACCUGCAUCGAAAUAAGAAAAAUCUAGAACUUAAAAGAUUAUAUUUACAGA